AGUGCCCAUGUUGGCUGAGGUUUACACCUACCUGCCCCCACCUCCAGUGCUCCCCGUGCUCCCAGUGCCUGGUCCAUUGGUCUCAUAAAAUGAAAAGGGGGCUCUCUCAGUCCCUGGGACUCGACACUUCACCUAUCAGCGCCUCUGACUGCGUCCGAGUCUCCCAGCGGCCGAGCGCAUUGGCCGCCCCGCGCGUCAAUCACGAUUUCGGGCGGCAUGUGGGAGGAGCUGGGUGGAAGGAUGGAGGGAGGGGUGGCGGGCGAGAGGCGGUGCAACUGUCAGUUGUGUUCCCUAUUCACGACAAAAGUCGGCUGUUGUUGCUCUGAGUACAACCAAGACGACCGUAGUGGCUGUGUUUAGUCAGAGCGAUGCGCCCCGCGGUGACAGAUGAACGGAUCCUGUCUUUACUUGACGCCAACAGCAGCGCAAGUUCGCUCCUUUCUGCACUUUGAGAUCGAUGUGUUUUGGGGAGAGACGGGAGUAGGGUUUCGGGUCGCCUUGUAGCCAACGCUGGAUUGUUUUCAAACAUUUUUCCCCACUAACACCACCUCGCUUUCAUCAUUUCUCGUCACGCACGGAGGCUUUGAGCGUUUUUUUUUGGAUGCACAAACUGAGCCUUGACCGCCUCGAGGACAAGCAAGACUGGGCACGGUGAAGACUUGUUGCGCGCAUCCGGGGAGCGCACCAGUCCAGUUUUCAUCCAAGUCGAUAUUGUACCUGCGUGCGAUGCUUUGAUUUCAACAGUGAGUCAUUUAGUGGAGCGGGAAUGGACUGUGGAGAGCAGCUCAGACUCGCAGCCUGAAGUCAGCAGGGCUCGGUGCUCAGUGACUAUGAGAAUCUGUUCAUAAUUAACGAAAUUGGGGUGAUUAGUUUCCUCCUGUGUGUCAGAGCUGCUGGUGAACUGCUGAGCGGCUGAUGCUUUAGGAAAGUAAGAACCAAUUUCUCCUUUAAAUGGCAUCAGCGCACCGCCAAGUCAAACUGUAUUCGGGUCAGAUCCGACGAGUUGAUUAAUUUUCCUCCCCCGGUGUUUCAAAUCGAGCCCUCCUUCUCAUCGACAUGUCUGAGCGUGAUGGAUGUGGAGACGGGCUGUGCAGCGACGGAGCGCCGGAGUGCAUCCCGCCGAGAGCGUCCCGCGGCCGGCGGAGCGGUGUCAUCCUCCCCGGCGGCGGCCAGGACACCGACACCAUCCUCUUGGACUCGGUGAAGGCAGCACCUCGCCGGAGCAGUAUCAUUAAGGAUCCCUCAGUGCAGAAGGUGGGUGGAGGCAGGAAGAAGACUGUGUCCUUCAGUAGCAUGCCCUCUGAGAAGAAGGUGAGCAGUGCAGCGGACUGCUUGGCGUUCAUGCAGGGCGGGUGUGAACUGAAGAAGAUCCGGCCCAAUUCCAGGGUUUACUGUCGUUUCUACACUCUGGACUCAGACCUCAGCUGCUUACGCUGGGAGCCGUCUAAGAAGGAUGCGGACCGGGCACGGCUGGACGUCUCCAGCAUCCGAGAGGUUCGCACCGGGAAGAGCACUGAGACUUUCCUCCAUAACGGUCCUCUCUUUGAACACCUGGCUGAGGAAGCAGCCUUCUCUAUCAUACAUGGGGAUGACUACCAGUCUCUGGACUUGGUUGCAUUGUCGGCAGAUGUGGCCAACAUCUGGGUGACGGGCCUUCGCUACCUGUUGGCCCACCCCUUAAUCAUUGGGGGGGCUGGGGGAGGAGGAGGAGGAGUAGGAGGGCUUGGUGAAGGAGGGGGUGUGGCGGUAGAGGGCAGCCUGGGAGGCAAGAUGAGGAGUGAGUGGCUGGCAGCGGAGUUCGCCCAGGUUGAUGAAGAUGGCUACGGCAUCGUGUCAGAGGAUGUGGCGGUUGCCACCAUCUGUAAACUGUGUCCCGGUAUCAAGGAAGCCAAGGUACGUCUGCGUUUUAAGGAGAUCCAGCGCAGCAAGGAGAAGCUGACCUCCCAUGUGACAGUUGAGGAGUUCCAGGAGGCCUACUGUGAGCUUUGCACCCGACCUGACGUCUACUUCUUAUUGGUGCAACUGUCAAAGGACCGUGAGUGUCUGGACCCUCAGGACCUCCGUCUCUUCUUGGAGACGGAGCAGGGUUUGUCUCUGGCGACAACCGAGGGCUGCUGGGAGCUCCUGAGGCGUUGUGAGCCCUCUGCCCAGGGCAGGGAGAGGGGGUUGCUGGGUCUGGAUGGAUUCGCCCGAUACCUGCAGUCUCCAGAGUGCCAGCUGCUCGACCCAGAGCACCUGGGAGUUUGUCAGGACAUGAACAUGCCUCUGUCCCACUACUACAUCAGCACCUCGUACCGCUCCUACCUGCUGGAUGAUCAGGUCCACGGCAGAGCAGACCUAGGAGGGUUGAUCAAGGCCCUGCAGUCCGGCUGUCGAUGCGUGGAGCUGGGAGUCACUGACGGCCCAGAGGGGGAGCCUCUCCUUGGGGUCGACUAUGGGCCAGAUAUUCCCCGCCACCAUCACCACCACCAUCACCACCACCAUGCGCCCGUCACUAUCCGCUCUGCUCUGGAGGUUGUCAAUAAGUAUGCCUUCCUGACUUCUCAGUACCCACUCUUGGUGUACUUGUGCCAGCGCUGCUCUCCUGCCCAGCAGCGCACCAUGGCUCAGCACCUAAAGAAAGUGUUUGGCUCCCGUCUUUACACUCCAGAGGCCCUCCCUGUCAGCCUGGGAGGGCGAGCCACAACCUUACCUUCCCCUGAGCAGCUGAAGGGACGCAUCCUGAUAGUGGGGAAGAAGCUCCCUCAAGAGCAGCAAGGCUCUGAUGGGGAGAUAUCUGAGGAGGAUGAGGAGAUAGGAGGAGGCGGGCCUCUGGCAGGACGGCGAAUGACCAUCCCUGGUGAGGAAGAACUGGGUGUGGUCCUGGUGGUGCCUCCGCCCUCCCAACCGAGGAAGCUCCGGCUCCACAAAGAGCUGUCAGACCUGGUGGCUAUCGCUCGGACGGGCAGCCGCAGCUUCUACGCCCAGAGAGCCAGUCACAAACAGGCUCAGCAGCAGUCACCACCCAGCAGUCCCUCCUCUCCCAGCACGCCGAUGCCUCCUGAGCCGCCUUAUUGGACACUGUGCUCCCUGGGUGAGGGAGAGGCCAGGCGGCUGACCACAGAGAGCCCAGAGGACCUUGUAAUGUUCACCAAGCGCACCCUAACCCGGGUACGACCCAGUUCAGUGCGUCUGGACUCCAGUAACCCCAACCCACAGGGAUACUGGAAAGGAGGGGUCCAGCUUGUGGCCUUGAACCAGCAGACCCCCGGCGCCAUGCUGGACCUUCACAGAGGCCGCUUCUCACAGAACGGAGGGUGCGGUUAUGUUCUCCGACCCGCUGUAAUGAGGGAUGAGGUGUCGUAUUUCAGUGCCCAUACGCAGGGCUGUGUGCCAGGAGUGCCGGCUCAAACUCUACGGAUUAAGGUUAUCAGUGCCCAUAACCUGCCCAAGCCUCAGGGAUCAGGGGCUAAGGGAGAGGUCAUUGACCCGUAUGUGGUUCUGGAGCUGCAUGGCGUACCAGCUGACUGCGCUGAACAGCGGACACGCACUGCUGCUCAGAACCAGGACGACCCACUGUUUGAUGAGACCUUUGAGUUUCAAGUAAACAUGCCGGAGCUGGCCUUGCUGCGCUUCGUGGUAUUAGACGACGACUACAUUGGAGAUGAUUUCAUUGGCCAGUACAGUGUGGCCUUUGAGUGCCUUCAGCCUGGCUACCGCAAUGUGCCCCUGCUGGGCAUGGCGGGAGACCCCUUACCCCACACCACCCUGUUUGUCCACGUGGCGAUCACCAACCGGCGAGGAGGCGGGAAGGCCCAGCGACGAGGUCUGUCGGUGAGGAGGGUGGGGAGGCGAGGGCGGGAGUACGUCACACUGAGGCACACUGGCAUCAAGGUGGUGGAUGAGACUUUCAAACCGGCCAGUGCCCCCCUCAAAGAGGCAACAGACCUGCGGGAGGAUGCUCAGAGCACCACCUCCAGUUUCAAAGAGCAGUGUGGGCUCCCCACGGUGGCCAAACUGAAGCAGUGCAUCCAGAGCCUGGCCACGAGGCUGCAGAGCCCCGAGGGCACUAUGGGGGCCACCAUGGUGCUGAAGGAGGGCUACCCGUGUCUGGAGCCUCUGGUCAACCUUUCAGAACUGACACGCAAACUGCUCGCUGCCUACGACACGAUGAUUGCCGCCCAGAAACAGCUGAUUGAGAACGCAGAUGUUGUUCAGGAGAGGAUCGCCCAGGUGCAGAGAGAAGGCAUGGACUUCCAUGAGGAUCUUUCUCGGCUUGGGGAGAAGGAGGGACUGAAGGGACGCAAGCUGAGCAAAGCUGUGGAGAGUUUCACCUGGAACAUCACUGUGCUCAAAGGUCAGAGCGAUCUGUUACGGGGAGCUAAGAUGGAUUCCCUGGAUGCCCUGAGGCAGCUGGCCCUGGCAUGUGAAGCCUGUGGACUCACCUCCUCCUCCUCUUCCUCCAACUCCUCGUCCUCCACCUUCUCCACAGCCGAGCUGCACUACUCCUCCCACCCCCUGUCUGGCCGCCGAAGCAGCACACACGGCAACGGGCGCAUCUGACAUCCCCCCUCCCCCCCGUGUCCAAAGAUGAAAAGUGUGGACAGAGUAAUUACCGAGGAAAACAGAGAUGAGGAGAUAUGAGAGCGAGGAAGACAGAAAAAAAAAGUGCAGGUGUUAAAAGCACCACAGGAGACGGAGGAUUUUCUUUCCGGCAGAGUGUAUCCCUUUAUCCAGUGCAGUAAGUGUCUAGACUAGCCUAGACCAGAGCAGUAUAUCUGUUAAAGCCUUACAGUGAGCUCAAUUUAUCACUGAGGGUCCAGCCUGCAGAGAGGCUUUUCAUGAAUGUCGUAACUCCGAGGUGGAGAAGCAAAGAAAGACACUCCACGCGGGUGCUUGAACUUGUGACAUCUCCUGCUUAUUCUUUCUGAGAGAAAAUAUGUGACUCAACAUUGUAACUCAUCGUAAGGGUUUUCCCUCGUUAGAGAGGAAAUCAUAGACACCAGAAUAAUUUGUGACAACGGGGCUGUUGUGGAGCUGAUGUUUACGGUCCUGUUGGUGUUUCAUUUCAGAGGUAGAAUGCAGGAUGGAGGUGAUAUAGACCUGAUGGGACGAGUUAUUCUCUGCCUCAGCAUUUCAGCUUGUCCCUUGGGAAGGCAACAAGAUUACCUGUGUGUGUUUACAGCGCUGCAAAUGGUGGAAAGGGAAAGGUGCUAUACAGUAAUAGAUUGACUGAUUGAUUGACAGGAUGUGACCCACAAAAACACACACAGGUAGAGAGUGACUAAUUAAAGUAGCCUGGAUAACUAACUUGGUUUAAGACAGAUGUCACAUAAAGUAGGUUGCACAGUAAAUGAGAGUUCUUGAUGUCAACAUGAAACCUGAUUGGCUGAACGCACCCCUUGUCUUUGGUCUUUAUACUUGAAAAACAUGGCCACUGUUAUGGCGACUUUGAAAUUUCAUUGAAUUUAAGACGAAAAAUGGACCUUAUCUAAAGUACCAACAGUAAUUAAUGAGGUUUGGGAGUUUGGAGAGGUGUAAAGUCACCUUUUACCAUUUGCUGAUUUAUCUAAUUGACUCCAGACUUCAAUCUCUUAGCAAACACUGAGCUCUGGAGCUCUUGUCUGGUCUGUUUAAAUGCCUGAAAUAACUCCACAGAUUAGUUGAUACAUGCAUAAAACCCACAAAGACCCAUCAGAGGUUCAUUGUUUUACACAUUUGACAGAUUCCGAGGAUUAGUACACUUUCUAAACUUUAACUAGAGUACAUAAAGAUCCCCUUGCAACUCUGAGCACACACAUUUCCUCAUCUAACUGCUCUAUUCAUGUACUGUGUGAAAUAACCGGCAGAAGCACGCACACACAGGGUCUUGUUAUCUCCACCUGAUGGCCUUUGAGUCUGUCAUGUUUAUUUGGAGAGGGGACAGCUGAAACACGAGGAGUGAAGAGACACGGUAAUUGGAGAAGUUGUGGGUGUGUGUUGACACUGUAGUACUGCUGUAGUACAUGUGUGGAUCACAUAACCUCCUCACUAUACCGACAUGUGGGGUAAUGGACACUCGGGUCUGUAUGUUUGUGUGUGUGUGUAGAAAGAACACAUUCCUGCAGCAUUGAUGAAGUACACUGUAUUGAUGUAGCAAUAAUAAUAGUGGUACAUUACAAGAAAGUCAAUGAGGCUGUAUAACUCAAUGUGUACUGACUGAAGGAUAGAAAACAAUAUAACUAACUUUAUGGCUCAACGUGUAUGAAAACAACUACAAAAAUGGUGUCCAGCAGGUGCUACUGAUGAUGGCUCGUAGUUGUGCUUACCUGUCAGUGAUGGCGUUCCUCUUGGCCUUUGAGUGUAACUGUGUGUUUCUUGUUAACGCAGGAAAACACCUGAUACUUGUUCUUUUAACUCAGCUUUUGUACUCAUAUUCUUGUAUCUUGUAAUGCUGCGUUUAAAGUGAUGCUAAGCAACACACAGGACUAAGCUAACCAGAUUAGAUUUACCUCCUUGAAUAUUGUCACAUGUCACUUAUUCUGUAGUGAACAAAAUCGUAUCUCCAGUGUUGGUAAUUUUUCAGGCUUUAUAAUGAGUUGAAGGAUUACAUGUCUCAAAAUGCAUCAUCAUCCAGCUUAAACAAGGCUGUUUUCUUUAGUUUCCAAGAAAUUAACGAUUUGUGAGAUAAAAGGUUUUCAUCUGACAAGAAUGAUGUCAUUUAAAAAAGACCAAGUAAAGCAGGUGUGUUUGAAAAGGUUCAGUUUGAUUCACGAGUAUUCAUAAUCUAGUGCACCGUAGGUAUUUUUCAAACGGUGGCUUUGAACAAAUGUAUUUCCACCUAAAUCUGCUGCAAACUGUGUGAACAAAGCAGGCGUGAGGCUAACAAGCAACUGGAGAGAACUUUUGAAUAGUAGACAUUUUGAAUGUUAAUUCUGCCCUUUGAGAGAGGCAGGAAGGUGGACCAAUAAGAGACGGGGAUCACAGCUGAACAUCGGAACAGAUCAACCCAGCUGGUGGCAUUUUGCAGUAGACAGGAUGUAAUGAGAAACACUGAAACAUGGGGAUGACACUGAGGUUUACUAACUUGUUUAGUCCCUCUGAAGUGCUUGUGCAGGACUACUGAAUGUUCUGAAUGACAGCCCAUAUUUUUGUACACUGUUUUGUUGCCUUUCAUUUAUCUACACAUUCCUUUCCUUCUUUAAUACUAUUAGCCUCUUUCAUACCUCCACUUUUCUCCAUCCUCCUGUUGUUCCUGCUGCUCUUCCAGAGGCUCCAGGUGGGGAGUAACAGAGCUGAUGUACUGAGUCAUAGCCUCAGGAGGAGGUUGACCUAAUAACAUUUCCAUGUGAGUGUUUUUUUUUUGUUUUUGUUUUGUGUGUGUGUCUGAGAGAUGGCAUAUGCUUCUAAAAGUAGAGGCCAUAUAUUGAAGAGAGAGCAAAGGUUGAAGGAUAGAAGAAGAAGGGGCUGAUAUUGGAUUAACUUUUGGUUGCAUGUGUGGUUGGCUGGGCACACCUGCAGAGCUUCAUAAUUGGCUGUGAGCAAUAGACGGAGUGACAGCACCUGCUGCUUUGGUCUAUUAAUAACACUCUGACUCAGUGGUGGCAUUGGGUUGUGUGUAUAUGCUGGUGUGCUUAUGUCUGUCAUGAUACCAUGGUGCCCUAAUUCCCGACCUGAUGAUGCAAACUGGCUCUACAUACACAGUCACUGCCAAACUAUUUGCCAUAUUUCCUCUUAAAUGCACUGAAGCAGACAGCAGCUUCAGGAGCUAUUUGGAUCUCCACUGGCCCUGAGUGGCAUGCUCAUGCUUAUGAAAGCUACAAUUUGCAUCGCCCUCUCUCAGAGAUCUGCUUACCUGCAGGGAGGAUCUCUCUGCAUUAAUGAUGCAUUAUCUCCAGUUAAACAAACCGCAGUAUUAGCUUUCUGUGUUCUGGUUUACACGCCUGCUGACACGGGGAAUACAAGUGGGUCAAAGAGCGGACAGGCGAUGGGACUUACUGUACCUGAGGAGACACGGUGAAGAUGGCGGUCACAGGGUUUACCUUUUUGUAGGCGAACAUAAGGGGUCAGGUUUCAGUAUUGGGAUCUUUUCUAGUUAAGUUCAACCUCAUUCUCAGUGUCCUGUCCUCUUCACAAGCCUUGCAUGAAUUGACAGGCAGAUAAACUCCAUCCCCAAUUACUAUACUACCAUACCGCCAGCAGAGGGUGCUAAAUGACAAAUAAAAAUGACACACGCACACUCAGAAUAAUUCAUUAGGUACAUACUGUAUUUACAGAGAAGAUCUAUGGUAGACAGUGAUGACUGUGCUGAUGCAUAAAACGACAGCAACAUGUAAUAACUGAGAAAAAAUGGCAGCUUGUUAUUUGGGUGGAGACUGACCUUUGCAUUACGUCAGGAAGAUACAACGCCUGAGCCACUAAUUUGUAGCCAGAUGAUCCAAAAGGACCAUACCUGUGUUUUUGCAUGAUUUAACCUACUUACUUCAAAUCAUUUACUGUACACUUGCAAUAGCAAAACAUACCAUUGUAUUUGAAAUGUAUAGAUUGGAUGUGCUUUUAUUACUUUCCAGGCAGCUAAGCUUGCAGACUUGCUUAAAGUAAAUCCAUUUCAGUGAACAUCAUUCCCAGGUUUAUUUUUGUUAUCAUAUUGUGGUGAUGCAAAUGAAGGCAACUGAAUUUCUGUGGUAUGCACUAGAUACCGUUUUAAAGCCUUUUAUAUGCAAGAACCUACCACCUACUGUCUGGGUCUGAAUUUCUAGCAAUAGUGCUCAUCAGUGCGACACUGCACAGUAACAAACUCUGUCUGAGCUUCUCAGCAGCUCAUGAUUUCGCCACAGCAGCAGAUUUGUCAAAUUAAUUCAUACUUUCCGUUGCAUUAGCACACAAUGUCACUGUCAUAAGAAUAAAACUGAGCAUGAUGUUCACUGUGAUGGAUCACCUGUCUCUAGCAAGUUUUACAACCCUAGAGGCUGCAAAGAUUUGGGAAACAUUCAGCAGUAAGGAAAAGCAUAUUUGCAGAAAAUGAAUUGAACUUGCAGAAACACCAGUACGAUCCUUUAAACAUUCAAAAAUAAAGUUUUAGGUACGAAGCAUUUUCUUGUCCUCUCCAUGCCUCUCACACUCUGCUUCAUAUGUCACUGCACUUACCUUACCUGAUGAUAUGUUUACCUCUGCAAAAGGCACAGCGGUCAGCCACUCAAUACAGUCCUUUACUAUGAUGUUCAGUAUAUUGUAUCUCAUUUGUAACCCAAUGCUGCACCCUGAUCCCCGAAGUGUGGACUUCUGGACUUCCCUUUAUAUCCUUAGAAGUGAAACAGAUCUAUGUAAAGCUCUGUCUCUCACUGUGGUACAAUUUCAAGUUUUGAGUUUGAAGGAUGGGAGUGGUAUACAGAUCCGUGCUAAAGAGCAAGGUGUUGCAUUGGGGUGCAUUGUAUCUCUGUUACCCAUGUGUCUUAACCUAGAGCUAGCUCUCUGUGCUCUUCAGUGUGUGAUGCUACCUAUCUUUGCAGACCAGUGGUCAAAUAGCGCUUAACAUUCAUUUGAAUAAUUGGAGAGUUGUUUAUACCUGUCAUAGUGAUGUGGACAAAGUUGUGUAAAACACUUGGAAAUGUGUAAAGGUAUUUUAGGUUCUAUAUUACCCGUGGCAUCUGCAGUGUCUGUGUUGGCCUGUGUCUACACCGCCGACCUUUAAUCCAGUGUUGUUCCCUCUUGUUUUUGUAAAAUUAAAAAAAAAGACCAAAAGAAGAAAAAUAUUUAUUGAAAGUGUGUUUUAAAAACCAUAAAUAAAUAUAAUUAAUUAAAUGGACCUUGCUUUUAUUUUGAAAAGCUACUGUGUUUUCUAUCUGACAAGUAAUCAAAUAUAACAAGAGUAUGUAUCCCAGACUAAAUAAAGUUAUCUUUUCCUGACCAAA